AUGAGCGACAGAGCCAGUCAAGCGAAAGAACGCCAGAACUAUGCGCGGAGAACAGUUGAUCUUGUGAUUGAGUGUCGCAACAAGGUCCCCAGCGACUGUCCCGAGCAGACGCUCAUCCUGUCAGACGAGGCUCUCCGUGCGUAUGUCAGAGGACUCGAGAAGUCAACAUGGGACAAUAGGACGGAUGUAACAGACUAUCACCAAGUGUGUUCAGAGUUCAUUGAGAGGCUUGAGAUAAUUCGUGACGAUCUUCCAGCCGACUGGCGGGAGUUCUCAGAGCUACUAAGAGACGCUACAAAGUACCCGGAAGGCGUUACACCCAACACCACUCCCGCUCGUCCGCUGCCACCUCAGACGGACCUUGCCUUGGAGGCUGUCACUGUAGAACCCGUCCAGAAAGAUAACGACAUUCCCGAGGUUGUCGUCUCGCCACCCGACGAUGCUUCCCCGUUGCAGCUUCCUGGUAUAGCUAUGAGCUUUCCAGCGGUAUCAGCAGUAGUAAACCCCUUCGUCGGCCCCGAUGGUGCGUCCAUAUUCAACAAGGUUGAUACAGAGGCGAAGCCUGCAGACAAGCCUUUCCCGUCCAUUGAAGCCAAGGUACCAGAAAGAAAGCUGGCACCUCUGAAAAAAGGGUCGCGCUCCAAGAAGCCUAAUGGCGAGUUGGCGCCUGGCGGUCUUGAUACAAGCCCAAUUACUGCUGCCGCAUCCGUGGAGAAGACAAUGCCGCCAGUCACAGCACCGAAACUCGUCUUUGACUUUGGUGCUUCCUCAACAUCGUUCACAGCUCCUUCAACACUAGAGCCUAGCUUAUCGGCCGAGCCAAAGGAGAAGAGAUUACGACACAAUUCGACUCCCUCACCAUCAUCACCCAGUUUCAUCAGCAAAGAUGGUUCCCCUCCCAAGAUCGUUUCGUCACUGGCGGUCUCUCUAGACUCCGUCCCAUCGAAGUCCACAUCCACUCAGACUGACCUGGCGCCCUCUCCCAACAAGGGUCAGCUGGAGAUGAUCUUGAGCAUUCUGGAGGAAGAUAGGACUGCGCGUAUCAAGGCUGAUACGAAAGUCGAGGAGCUGAUGGGGGCCAUGAGCCGUCUACAAGCCAAGGUUGAUCGACUGGUGGAAGAGGCUGAAGCAAGCCGGGCGGGGACAUUGGCAUCAACCAAGUCAACCGCGAAAUCUCAAGAGCCUGUGAAGCCUACAAUGCGUGCAUCUGGCUUCAAGUCCCGCGUCAAGGACGACCCCGAGGGCGACAAGGUCGUAGCGCCAAAGCGAAAGUCCACGAACGAGAUCGUGAGGGACCUCAGGAAGGAGUAUCCUCCUGAGACAUCCCACGUCGUCUUUAAGCAGCUGAAGCACGGCUCCCUGCGCCUUUCUGGGCUUCGGAAAGCCCAGCCGGCCAACCUCCAGGCGCAGGUCGAGAAGGUGCUGUGCGCCUUCAAGGUGCCAGCAUCUCAGCGAAAGAAGCAUGCGGGAAUGGUGAUCGAUCUGGCUAAUUUUGGAAAUGGCCUUGCUCGCGGCGACGAGCGCUAUCUUUCUCUCGACACCAAAGCCAGGGAGGCAGCUACUGCAUUUGCGGAUGAAAACCUGGCCAACCACCUCUUCAACGACAAAAAGUGGUUGUGCUUCCGCUGCGUUUCUGAGCAGCAUAGGCGCAUGCAGGGGUACAUGGGUGGACGUGUGGUCUUGUAG